AUGGAAGGAACCGAACAGCCCCCUACCUGGCCUCCUCGCCCCACUGUGGAAGAUGAACCUGAGCUCGGCGAGCAAGUCAACCCUAACUCCGGAACUGGACGUGACAUGUCAGAUCUUCCCAACGACCCGGCUGCUCACAAUACCACUCCUACUUCCAGCACUCCUGUCAACAAUGAUGCCGAAACAACUCCAGAAAACCCCGCGGAGCCUAGGACUCCUGUCAAUGCCGCUCCCGCUGACCCUGCUGCCGACCGCGUGCAGAUCAUCCUGAAGGACCAGAGCGGCACUUCGAUGGCCUUUGGAGUAAAGUCAAGCACUCGCAUGGAGAAAGUGAUGAACGCCUAUGCCGACAGAUCAGGCCGCCCUGUGGGAACCCUGCGCUUCUACUACGAUGGAAACCGUGUCGUUCCCGAGGACACUGUUGCUACACUUGAGAUGGAGAACGAAGACAUCAUCGAGGUCAUGACAGAACAGAUUGGCGGCACCAGCGAGUCCGACGAUGCUUCUACCCGGGUCAACAAAUACGUUGCAAAACACCAAAUGGAAGACGGAUAUGACCACGAGAUCUCCUUUACUGUCAACGCCGUCGAGGUUGGAGACAAGCUAAUCAAGGAGAUGGAGUUCGUCGUUGUACCCGAUGUCAAAAUCAACGCCUUCAUGGACGCCUGGGCCAAGCGUGCCGGUUGCGCCGUGGAUGAAGUAGUCUUUCGCUUCAACGGAGACAAGGAAGGACACGGACUUCCCUUUGAAUCCGAAGAUGAGACUUUCGGGGACAUCUAUGUCAGCGCAUUUGCCGACGAGCCAACUAACCUCGUACGUCCCAGAGAAGAUGUCAACGCCGAAUCCAAGACCGCUAAGGACACAAUCAUCAUCACCGUCAAGUAUUUCGGCCAGGACGACAUUCCACGCGAGAUGCGCUGCAAGAUGACCAAGACGAUGUGUUUCGACAACUUCAUCAGUCUGUAUUCGAAGCGCUGGGACAUUGAUUCCUCUGCGCAGCAUUUGACCUUCAACGGAAAAACCGUGUUCCCAAGCGACACUCCAGUCUCAAUCGGCGCACAGGAUGGUGCCAUGCUAGACGUUGCAGAAGACUUCAACGUCUACGCCAUGGACCUUACUCUCGUUUGA